AUGAAUACAUCUCCCUCUCAUAAUGCUAUCAUUUUUUAUUGGUUGUUUUUGGGAGUUAUGUUCAACCAUGCCUACUGCACCUUCAAUAUUCGUUGCAACCAACAAGACACGAAUGCUCUCUUAAACUUCAAGCAAGGAGUUACAGAUCCCUCAGCUAUCCUUUCCUCAUGGACCCCUCAAUUAGAUUGUUGUGAUUGGAAAGGAGUCAUUUGUAGCAACAUCACAAGUAGAGUCACUGGAAUCUCUCUCCCAUGUUCUACAACUCUUCCAAGCUACACGGACGAAGAAGAUAAAUCACAUUGCCUUACAGGUUCCAUUCACCUCUCCUUGUUGUUAGUGGAGUUGGAAUUUUUAGAAUUAUUGAAUUUGAAAAACAAUGACUUCUUAGCAUUACAAUUUGAUUAUCUGCAUACUCAUAACUGUCAUAAUCUAUCUAUACCUACUUCUUCUCGUCAUUGUGUCAACUCUUCAAUUCUUAGUGAUCUUGAUUUAUCACUUAACUGGAAUCUUGUCAUCAGUAGCCUUCAAUGGCUUCCCCACAUUUCCACCUUGGAAUAUCUUAACCUUUGUACUGUUGAUCUUAGCGAGGAAACUAAUUGGCUUCCAUUGGUGACUAAGCUUUCGUCACUUUCAGUCCUUAAUAUGUGUGAUUCUAAGCUUAAAGACUUGAGUUUGUCUCUCCAGUAUGCUAAUUUUACUGCUCUCCAAGUUCUUGAUCUUUCUGGCAUUGAAUUCAAGUCAGAGUUACCUAAGUGGCUAUUCAAUCUUAGUUCCACUGUCUAUGUUUUAGACCUUAGCCUCAAUUCUUUAAUAGGACAUCUACCUAAGGACCUGUUAAAUCUUCGAGAACUGGAAGAACUGGCUAUGGAAGACAAUAACCUUGAUGGACCCAUUCCAGAUUGGUUAGGUGAAUUCGAACAAUUAAAAACUCUUAUUCUUGGAGUAAACAUGUUUUCAGGAUCUAUUCCCACAAAUUUGGGAAAUCUAUCGACCUUGAUUACCUUGGAUGUUGCCUCAAAUCCAUUGACAGGAGUUGUGUCUGAGAGAAAUUUAGCCAAAUUGUCAAAAUUAAAGUCAUUGCAUAUAUAUUCAUAUUCCACGUUAAUCUUUGAUUUUGACUCGGAUUGGAUUCCACCUUUUCAACUUGAGGAAUUACAACUUAAGUUUUCAAAUCCCAACCUUCCUACGUGGUUAUAUACACAACGAUCACUUGAAAGAUUAACUAUCUGGGAAUCAUCAUUUGAGGCUCCAGAAAAAUUUUGGCAAUUUGUAUCAUCAGUGAUUGAACUCGACUUAGAAGGCAAUUUGAUAGACGGAGACAUGUCAAAUGUGUUGUUGAACUCUACAGUCAUUGAUCUAUCAUCAAAUGGUUUGAAAGGUUGCCUACCUCAAUUAUCACAACAGGUGAAGAUUGUCGCGUUAUAA